AUGAACGACUACGUAUGUGAAAAAAUCGUCCACGCCGGCCUCUUCGUACGUGACGUGCGCUUCCGGCCUGGCCGCCAGAACGUCGACGCGAAGCACGUCCUGAGGGAGGUGAGAGUGAUGCGACACCUGGGUCAGCAUGAGAACAUCGUCACCCUGGAAGACCUUUUCUGCAACGAGGCAGACGAUGAGCUGUACAUCGUCAUGGAACUUCUGGACUCGGACCUGAACCGCAUCAUACAGUCGCAGCAGGUUUUGUCCAUCAAGCACCACCGAGUGUUUAUGAUCCAGAUUCUCCAAGGGGUGGAGUUCCUUCACAAGAAUGGCGUUAUCCACAGAGAUCUCAAACCAGGAAACAUACUUGUGAGUCGGAAUUGUGAGGUGAGGAUCACAGACUUUGGUCUCGCGCGGCAGCUGAUAAGCGUCCAAGAGCAGGCGGAGCAGCGACAAGACGGGGAAGGCAUGACGGAGCACGUCGUGACCCGUUGGUACCGGCCGCCGGAGCUGAUGCUGUCGCCAAACGGCUUCUACGGCUUUGCGGUGGAUCUGUGGUCGGUCGGCUGCGUCUUCGGAGAGCUCCUCGGCCGCCGACCGCUGUUUCCCGGCUCGAGCUUCGUGAACCAACUCUCCCUCAUCUUCGACGUCCUCGGCGCGCCGGACCCGGGGGAGGUGGCCUACAUCAGGGGGGCACAGGCCCGCAAGUUCUUGGACAAGCUGGACGGGAAGGCCGCGGUUCCCUUCACGGAAGUGCUUCCGGGCAUCCCGGCCGACGCCGCGUCUCUGCUGAAGGGCCUCCUCUUGCUGGACCCGGUCAAGCGCUUCACGCCGCGGGAGGCCCUACGCCACCCGUUCUUCGACCAGUUGAGGGAGAGGGCCUCUCUCGAUGUCGCCCCCGCGGCCGCCGGCCUUGAGUUCGAGUUCGAGAAGAAGGGGUUCCCCCGAUCGAGGCUGAAAGAGCUUAUCGCCAAGGAGAUCGACCACUUCCAGGCGGGCGGGGCCAACCUUACGCUACACCCGAAGAAGCGGCUUCAGCGUCAGCGCCCACGGCCGCAGCAGCAGCAGCAGCAGCAGCAGCAGCGUGUCGGCCCUAGCGUCAGCGGUGCCGCCGACCUCUCGCUCAAGACGGCCGCAGCCGCAGCCGCGGCCGCGGCCACCGCAUGCUCAUCGGCAUCCUUUUCUUCCGAGUCUGAGUCCGAGCACUACGGCGACGAUGAGGAGGACGAGGAGGACGAGGAGGAAGGGGACGGCCGCGACGACGACAGCAUCACAGGACGUGAGGACCAGGGCCUACAUGCCGACGGCGGCGGUGGCUACGCCAUGCCGGGUGACGGCGAUGACGACGACGACGUUGCCCGCCUUGAUGCCGCCAGCCUGCAGUCGUCACGACUGUGUCCGAAAGAGGGAGAGGAGGACGGGACGACCAUCAAAGGAAGGUGCCGCAGCGAGCCCCGUGGGACGCCGCUGCUGGAGGUGACGGCGUCGUCGACCAGCAACGAGAGCGGCAACGAUAACGAUGAUGGCGACGGCAUGACUCUGUCGUCCUCUUCUCCGGCGUCGUCGUCCUCGUCCUCGUCCUCCUCCCCCUCCUCCUCCUCAUCGUCUGAGGGGGGCUACGCAGACGAUCGAGUAAUCUUCUUUGAGAGGGUCACGACCGGCUACGCACACGGCCGUGGAAGCAGGAGAGGGGCGCCGUGCGGCGACCACCGAACCACGAAGACGAAUCCGUACAGGGAGCACGAGCCUGACCGGCUGAGGGCGACAACACUGCCGUUGGCAAGCGGCGAUGCGGCGAGAAUCGGUGUGGGGCGGCCGCUUGGCGGCGGCGGAACCCACCGCUCCCCGCCUCGCGUAAGAUCGAGGACGCAAGACGGCACCAGCGACUUUCUCCUCAUCCCGGCGGAGGAGAGCGCCCAAUCCCUGUCGCCUCCUUCUCGAAGUGAUCGAAACGACGGUAACGGCAACGACAGCGGGGUCGUCGUCGUCGCUAGCGAGAAUGUCAAAGAAGGCGGGAGGGGCUGCUUGGAGGAACAGGAGGAGGAGGAGGAUGAGCCGCGUGUGUUCCCUCGGUUCGACAGCCUUGCCGAGACAAGCCCAACUGAACCCGACGGGUCCGUACGGUCUGUUCUGUCGCCGUCGCCCGCGGCGGUGGUCCCGCCCGCGAGGCCGACCAGGCGGGGCGCCGUGGCCGGCUUCGUGCGCGGGAGCGACGGGUGGGUAGGCAGCGACGGCGGCGGCACCGGCGACGGACGAAACUGCAACUUGUUCGUCGGCCUACAGUCUCCAGUGUUGGGGACGGCGCCUGGAGGCGAGUUGAUCCUGCCCCCCGGAGUAGCAGGUAGAUCAGGCGGCGGUGGCGGUGUCGUUGGUGUGGGAUCGAUCCAGUCCGAGGAGGAGGAAUCGGCGAAUGGCAGCGGCGGCGGUUUAACGUUCCGCGGGAUGGCCACCGUCGAUGGCAAGAGCACCGUGUCGGAAUCGAGCUCCGCAUCGGACACUCUUCGUCGCGAAAGAGCGGAGCGAGCGUGGCAUGUCGUGGAGGAAGCCAGGGAGAGGCUUAGAGCUAGAGCGGACGCGGUGGUGGUGGCGGCGGCGGCGGCCAAGGCGCCUCCAGUAGGAACGUGGCGGGCUGAGCGCGCUGCCGCCGUCGCUUCGGAGAGUACAAGAACGGCGGCGGCGGCGACGGCGGCUGCGUUGACGGCACCUUCGUUUGACCAUGCGGAGAAGUGGCCGGUCGAGUUUCCCGGCGGCGGGAGCAAGUGCUCUGGGUCGUCCAAUAUUGCCAAGGGUUGUAUGCGGCGCCUCCCCUUGUCCGUUGCGACCCUGGAACAGGCGACCGAAAACACUUCGUGGCUUCUUCGCGAAGGCGGCGGCAGCAGCAGCAGCGCGGCAAAACCAACGAGCAACGGCAAGAGCGGCGCUGGCGUUUGUGGGGGCAAGAAACAAGCCCCGCUCAUGCAUCAUAUCCCGUCGCCGCGGGUGGUAAACGGCGACCCUUUCUGCGAUUUCGUGAGCGGCAAGACGUCGUUGGUGACGCACGGCGACCCUUUCUGCUACUACUAUGUCAGCGGCAAGACGACGGUGUCCCCGACUUCGACUUCUGGCCCUGCCCCGGCCCCCGUUCCUCCAGCUGCUCACCCCGCAGCGGCUCCGGCUCCUACUGCCCAGGCUCCGCCCGCUCCAACCGGUUCUGGUUCUGGUGCUGGCUGCAAGGUUCCCGUCAUGGUUGUCGGGCAGAAGCUCCACGUUCGAGGCGCGUCCGCCGCCUACGUAAAACGCGAAGGCCCGCGGCUUUUCUUCGGCGGGUCCGGCGCCAAGAAGUCCGGCGGCACCGGCGGCACCGGCGCUAAGAAGCCCGGCGGCGGCACUCGUCGCAGCCACCACCCCCCGCGGGCACCCGUCGCGACGGUGCACGGGGACCAGCAGCCGAUCAAGCUCCGCCCGGCGGUACCAGCGAAGCGUUUCGAUCUUUCUGUGGCGGACAUCGACACUUCGUCCGUGACGUCGUCGCAGGGCAGCCCGCCGCCGGUCCCUCCGCCCCUCAAGAAUUGCUACUCCCGGGGAAGGAAGCUUUCUCGCGUGGGGUCCUUCAACCGCAGCGGCAGCGGCCGUCACCGCGCGCCCACCAGGGUGACCGCCGACGGCCGUGUUGGCGUGUAUCCCGCCGCCGUUGUAGUCAUGGACUCCGGGUUUGGGCGAGGCCGCAAACGAGCGGCGGCGCUGCCGCCGCCGAUCGCGAAAGCAAUAAGGGCGAAGGCGAAGGGCGGCGGGGGUGGUCGUGCCACGAAGAGCGGACCCGUCUUGGCCAGGCCCCCGCGUGGGGCGGCGACGCCGGUGUCCGCGGGGGAGAGGGCCGGGACCCGGACCCCGUCGCACGAGAAGUACUAUUCCGUUAACGACGUGGUGACGCUGAAGCUUCCCGACAGGUUCUGCGCUUCAUCACCGUGGCAGAACCGGGACCCCGCGUUGAGUCAGACACGCAACCGCGCCGGAACACGAUCGUCGAAGCCCGUUGACCCCAGUCGUGUCACGAUCAGCGCGUCCGGUAAGCCGGAGUCGAUCCUGCCGGCGGAGAUGUUGUGCCAAUGGGCAGACGACGACGACGACGACGACGACGACGACGCGGCUUCUGUGUCGGAAGAAGAGGAAGCCGGGGCGGGAGCGGUAGCAGCGGGAGCGGCAGCGGGCGAGGGGGGUGGGGGUGGGGGCAGCGGACUUUCAUCCUACGAGGGAUCUCCCACCACGAUGGUCGCCACAACCACCUCCCCGGGCGCCGCCGCCGCCGAAACGUCCGUCACUGAUGAUGCCGUGGAUGAUACCGGCGACUCACCCCUGACUAGCACCACCACCGACGUUGCGGCUGUGCCGGAAGCAGAAGCAGAAACACGCGCGCUAGGGCCAGGUUGGGACACGGCGUCGCUCGCGUCGGCCGUGCCGGAGGCGCCGGAAAACGAAACGAAAGGGCACGAUCACGUUGAUUCUCCUCCCAGCUAUCAGGCCGCCUGCCCAGCACCGCAACAGGUCAAUGGGCAUCAUCAGGGAGCCGCGCAGAGAGCUGGGCUUGCACGACCGCCUGCAACAGAGACGGUUUGCAACGUCAUCAAGGAGGAGGAGGAGGAGGAGGAGGAGGAGGAGGAGGUGGUGGUGGAGGGGGGCGAGGCUAAAGAAGGCGGCGGUGGUGGCGAUAACGACGAGAUGAUGUCCGCCUCCUCGGCGGAGCAAAAGUUCACCCUCCUCCGACGCCUGUGGAAGCGCUCCGGCGCCGUGAGGGGCUCAGGAAAGCAGCGCCGCGGCAGCAUUUUGUCGAAGACUCGGUCCUACGGCGGCGGCGGCAGAGACAUCGCGGGAAGUCGGGUUUCGUGGGCCGGCGCCGGGCCUCCGUUCAAACGGCCGCAGCAGCAGCAGCCGCGGCCGAGGAGAGCGGGCAGUCUGAAGCUGUUCGAGGACAUCGGAGAGGAUGACGACAGGGGCUUUGGGGACGAGACGGCGUCCCUGCCGACCCUCAUGGCCCGAGCCGAGUCUCUGUUUCCGAUCCCACCGAGGAUGGACGUAAAGGUCUCGACGUCCUCGCAGCAGCAAGUGCAGGACGCGCCUCUGCCGGGGACGGAAGACAAGUCCCACUCGCGCAGCAUCAGCAGCCAAACGACGACAACCACGGGCACGAGCCCCGCCAGCAGCGCCACCAGCGGUUACCGGUUUGACGGGCCGCAGGCGCUGUCGCUUGUUCACGAAAGCGUCGGUCGGUCGGGCUCGCCGCCCACCCGACGGGGCUCCGCAGUCAGCUCCGUGGGUUCUGGCUGUACGGCCGCCUCGUCGCUGAGGCCGGGGGGACGGCGGCGCAAGGAUAACAUCGUUCGCGCCGUGCAGUUCGCUCCGCAAGAGGAGGAGCUGACCCCGGUUUCGGGGGAUGGUGGUCCGCGAGAGCACCGCUCGUAGUGGUCAGGUCGGCGACGGCGAUGGGGGUCAAUUCAAGACCGUUACUUUGUUGCGGCGCCGCCCCCUCCUAUUUCCACUGCCGCGAAGCCGUCCCCGCCGCCGCCGCCCCGGGGCAGCGGCACCGUUUGCCGUUGAGCAGGAGAAGACAAGACGCAACCGCCGGCCGUUACCACCGCCAUCUCGUCCUCCAUCGCUACAACAGCAGUAGCAUCGACAACGGCAGCGACACAGCCGGGGAAGGAAGAGAGCACUCGGUGGACACGUCGUCUCCGUGGUUCUUGUACCUUUGAAGAGAUGGGUUGGCGCGGCGGACAGGCCGGCUCGGCAUAUCUUGCUUCGGGUCCGACAGGAAACGUUAAACCUUAGAAAAAUCGAGAGGGGGGACAAGGGCGGGAAGGACACUGAGUUCAUUGGUGGGAUCAUUGACGCAGGAAGGGGGACGUCACAUUCAGGAAAACCUGAUGGUGAUAUCUACACGAGACAACUGUAGGAUACGUAUUUUGUAGAGUAAGCGUUUUUCGUCUCGUUUCACGUCGAUUUUUCACGAAACGGUGUUGGGAGGAAUGGAACGUAUUUAGUUAUUAUGCGAAUCAUUUAUUGGGAGGGAGGGACGGUAAACGACAGUAUUCAGGUUGGCCGGUCUUCUUCUUUGUUUCUCGUGUUUUUGUUUUGGUCUUGACUUGCGGAUGUCUCGUUUGUUUCAUGAUCCAUUUUGGUGUUUGGCCGUGCAGAUCGGAGGCUUUGGACCUUUGGGGGGGGUCGCGGCGACCCACCGAAGCUUCGUUUUUGCGGCGUGCAUCGCGUGUAUGGUUGAUUGGCACCGACCGUGCCACCCAACGGACCGAUGAAUUAACGUCAGUCGUGUGUGGUGUGCCUGCUGGAUUGAUAUUUCUUGUUCACGUUUGCGUUUGGCUGGUUUUUGUUUAUUUGUGGUGAAUUUGUGAUGCUUGUCUGUAGCCCCCUCUUGUGGCCGUCAUGUCUUGCAUAGAUCGGAUGAGGAGGAGGAGUAGCGAAACAUGAACACAACCGGAUGGGUGGUUGGUGGCAUCGCGAGGAACAAUGCAGCAAGAUUAACUGCUGCUUCUUUUUCAUUUUUUGUCGACAAGUACUUGUUUUGCCGUGUGGUGUGACUGCCUCUCCUGCCCAGGGGAGAGGACGCCGGCGCUGCGGGAGGCAAGCAGGCAUUUCCGAGGAAUCGUCUGGGUUUUCUAUGUGAUCGACCGUAGACUAUGGGCGAUUCACGCUGCUAGCCAAUACUCUCAUUACAGUAACGUGGAGUUGCUGCGUGGACGUGUGUUGUGCGUUUGCCGGCAACGAAAAAUGCGGCGGUAUUUCACGUUUUUUUCUAUCCAGGAUUCCCUGCGCACCGUAGUUUGUGUGGGCGGGGGGGACGAUGGCCCCGACUGGGGGUAGGCGUCUCUUUCGGCUCCUGUGUAUGUGAAGCGAUCUUUUACACUGCAUGUGCGUGUCAUUCUCAUAUUACGGCGAUUUCACCAAGAUCAUCGAUCGAUUGACCGAUCACAUAAACGAGAAGGAGAGGGAUUUUACUUUUUUUGUUUUGCGUUGUUCUGUAGGUGAUGGGACACCGCGCACCUACAUGCUGCUGCUGCUGCUGCUUGCUGCGUAACUUGGGUGUGUUUUUGAUGCAUGUUGAGCGACUCUUGAGUAAAAUUGUUGGGUUGGCCGAGGUGAUCGUGUCUUUUGGUGUUGUUUUGGCUUGCCUUCAGAUUCUGUCAUGUGCCUGCGUUUCAUGGGGUACGCAAGGAUAUGGGCGCUUUAGUUACGUAAGAGGGGGGGUGGGGGAUCGACCAAAACGUGGUGUACUUUGUCGCUCGUGAUGGUUGGUCUCUCUCUCCACCAUAUAUCCAAGAGUAGGAACGCGUGGCGCGGCUUUUUUUCGUUGCCCCGCGCUUUGAUUUUGGUCGACCACACGCGUUGCCGGAGAUGAAUCUGGAUGUACAUUGCUUGCGUUCGCUGGGCGAUUUUUUGGGCUCUUCACUACGCGUAUCGUGUCAGUUUGCUGGCAUGACAGCCACAGAUUUGUAGGCUGCGUUAUUUUUAUAUAUAUAUUCGCAUGGCACGGAUGGGCGCGAAAAACGAAAGAAAGCGUGCAUGCGACACAUAAAAGUGCAGGGGUUCACACGUGCUCUCGGCGAAGUAGUUCCCGCUGCACAAGCUCGUAUGCAUACUCACUCUCUGUCGUAGACAUCACACGGAGCUCAACAAAAGGUAUGCAUACAAGAGGAGAGCUUCUGUAAACGCCCUCUUUUAUUUUUGUGUUGUCUAAUCGUUGCUCGAUGCUUUGUUUUCCCCCUUUCUUGUCCUUGUUUCUGGCCCUUCUGAGAAGAACGGCACGGUUGUGAGCAUCGUCUCGUUUCUUUCUUUUGUGAUGGUCUGUUGCCAAUCUCGUUUGUCCUCGGUAUGCUUUAAUAAUAGUCGUUGUUGUUAUGCUUUUUCUGUCGUAGUUUGCUGUGGCUUGCUUUUCUACCUGCGGGCUCGGCUGAUUCUUCUUUUUUGGGUAAAAUAAAAACGCUACGGCGACUACUGUGACACAGUUCCUUAUCGUUGUUGUGGCGUUCAAGGUUGGCUAGUUGGGCAGACUCCGACGCUGGUUUGUUCGGUUGCCAAUCACGAGGAACGUGUAGGUUGCAAGUGUCGACUUUACUUUUUUCUCGUAUUUCUCAGCAAGCUGGUGGCUAGCUGAUGUUUUUUUUUUAUUGUGUCACGCGUGAUAUGGGGCAAGAAGCGCGACUUGAUGCACGCCCGAACGACUUGAGCCAGAAGUCUGAUGGUUGAGGCGAAGAGGGUUUUGUUUGUCGAAACUGCAUUGUCCACAUUAUUGAUCUUUAGUCUUGUGGAUGACAUAUAUAUAUAGCAUGGUUGCAACGUACACGUGUUGAUCGGGUUGCUCCUCUCGCCGUUACGUUUGAUUGAUUGUGUUGUUUUUUGGGAGCGCGGGGGGGUGAGAGGGGUAAGUAAAGGGCUUGGGGUGAGGGACGUUGGCUGCGUGACGCAAGUACAACGCGCGAGGAACGUGAGGACAAAGACUACGGCCAGAGAGAGCGGCAGCAUAGUAAUGAUGUGGGUAUUACAUGCGUAUGCAUGGAUGCGUAGACGUUUCUUUUGCUGGGGGUCGGGACAGGAAUGCUACCUUCUUGUCGCAGAGUCUUUCUCCCAUCUACAUAUAUAUAUAUUCUCGUUGUUGUUUCCGG